GAUACCCUUCAUAUUGACCGUUCUCCGGAUGAUAGGAAUAUGCUGAAUGUUGUGAGUGAUCCAUAUUCAUAUCAUAUUCUUGUCGUUGAUCCGAAUGGUAAUGCUGUUGAGGGAAUAACUGUUGGCACACCACCG